AUGGAGUUUCUGCCAGAAAGGGUCACCACAGGCGGCUUUCUGAGCACGAAUUCAAGCAUUCCAGCCUGGAAGAUGGAAAACGGAACACUGAAUGGAAGUGAUGAGACCUCUACUCGAAUAGGGAACAAGAAGACCCUGAUCCUGGAAGUGGUGCUCCUCGUCACGGCAGUGGCUGGGCUGCCGGGAAACGCGGCUGUGCUCUGGCUCCUGGGCUUCCGCAUGCGCAGAAAUGCCUUCUCUGUCUACAUCCUCAACCUAGCCGGGGCAGACUUCCUCUUCCUUUGCUGCCAAGUAGUUGUGUCCGUGCUGUUUGUAAUGGAAUUCCUCCAUCUGUUCUCCACUCCCUUCCCUGUUGGCAGCUUCUUACUCACGGUAGCUGCCUCUUCCUACAUCGUCGGCCUAAGCACGUUAAGCGCCGUCAGCACCGAGCGCUGCCUGUCCAUCCUGUGGCCCAUCUGGUACCGCUGCCGCCGUCCCAGACACCUGUCAGCUGUGGUGUGUGCCCUGCUCUGGGCCCUGUCCCUGCCUCUGAGCAUACUGGAGAUGUACACUUGUAGGUCCCUGUUGAACUAUGGUGCUAAUCACUGGUGUCAGAUAUUUAACUUCGUUGCUGCCGGGUUACUGAUCUUAGCCUUUUUGGUUCUCUCUGCGUCCAGCCUGGCCCUGCUGCUCAGGAUCCUCUGUAGCUCACGGAGGUUCCCACUGAUCAGGCUGUAUGUGACCAUCCUGCUCACAGUGCUGGUCUUCCUCCUCUGUGGCCUGCCCUGUGGCAUUAACUGGGCUCUCUUAAUGUGGAAUAAAAAAUUUCCAUUUAAUUCCCCGCCCCAUUUUUACCUGGUUACACUUCUCCUGUCCUGUGUUAACAGCUCUGUCAACCCCAUCAUUUACGUCUUUGUUGGCUCCUUUAGACAGCGGCGGCAGGGACAGACUCUCAAGCAGGUUCUCCAGAGAGCUCUGCAGGACACCCCUGAGGUGGGUGAAAGUGGAGGCAGCCUUCCUCAGGGACCCCUGGAGAUGUCGGGGAGCAGCCGAGCAGCCUAG